AUGGCAACCUGGACAACCUGCAUCCUCGCUCCUCUCCAUGAUCUUGUCAAAGGACUCCCCAAGACAUCUCACAAGCCUCUCACAUGGACUCAAGAGGCUUUUGCAGCCUUCAACAAUAUCAAGCAGCACAUCACACGCCUUACCCUGCUGGCUCACCCUGCCCCCAACGCCCGAACCACUCUCACAACAGACGCUUCUUCUACUGCCGUGGGUGCCAUCUUACAACAAGAGCUCAACGGAACUCUCAUGCCCAUUGCCUUCUUCUCACAGCGGCUUAAGCCACCUCAAUUCAAUCUCCUGCAGUUCCUCGGCACCACAACCGCUUACCAUCCUCAGUCCAACGGCAUGGUAGAGCGGUUUCAUUGUCAGCUGAAGGACACCAUUGAGGCACAGCAUGACCUCUACAGCUGGACGGAUGCUCUACCCUUAGGGCUCCUUGACAUCUGUGCAACACACAAAGAGGACAAGGACUGCAGCCCAGCAGAUCUCACCCAAGGCGAACCCCUUCUCCUACCCAGGGACUUCUCACUUACUCCUGACCUUGACCACUUUACUCCUGCUGUCCAUCACGACCUAUUGCAAACACUACGACAGGCAGUUUCUGCAUUCAAGGCUACUGCCCCAUGCCAGCCUACUCUUUGCCCUGAACACAUCCCUCUUGUACUACUCAACGGCGAGUAUGUCUUCAUCAGGCGCGAUGCUCACUGCAAACCACUUCAACGCCCCUACGAUGGACCCUUCUUGGUGCUUGCAUGGUCAACGAAGUUCUUGGCGAUCAAUCUCAAUGGCAGACAUGACACAGUAGCUACUGUUCCUGAUCUUGCUCCUGAUGAGGAUCCUGCACCUGGUUCUAUGGACCCAAACAUCCCACCCAGCACCCCCGUGGACUUUACACCUGCCGCCAGAGAAGAACCACAUCCCUCGCCUGUUCCUCCCACCGUUCAACCUUCUCAUAUCUACAACCCUACUCCCAAUGCUUCUCCCGCUGCUUCUCCCACAGAUUUUGUGUCACUCGACUGA